UGCAAUGUCAGCCAUGGCAUCGCGGCCAGCGCGGUCGCUGCGCCUGUUGCUCCUGGGCCUUCUCUUCAUGGCCACGAGUCUGCUCCUGCUCUAUGCUUCCAUCGUAAGCAAGUCGACAUCCGAGGCUACCUUGCUGCGCCGGCGUCACCCCAGCACGUCUCUGCGCCGCGACAAGGUGGCGUACAUGUUAUAUGCCACCGACACGGUCACGGCCUGCAAUGCACUUAUCAUGGCCAAGCAGAUUCGGCGCCUCGGAACACCCUCCUCGAUCGAGAUUGUGCUUUUGGUAACUGACAAGGUGGCCGACGCGACGCUGACCGCGCUCGAAGCCGACGGCACGCUUACGCUGCAGCUCGUGUCGCCGUGGGUGCAGACAAAUGCCAAGCACUCUACGUGGUCGUCGUCCCUCACUAAGCUCCGCGUCUUUGCGUAUUAUGGCUACGACAAAGUCAUCUACCUCGACUCGGACGCAUGGCUGCACCGCAACUUGGACCACCUCUUUGACUUAAGUGACGCUGCGAUGUUUUGGGCGCCGAGAGCGUACUACCGCCCGCCGCCCACGAUCGCGUCGACGUUGCUCGUGUUGCGGCCGUCGUCAAAAGCGUUUGCGCAGCUGCAGGCCGCGGUGACGACGCAGUUUGCAGCGAUGGCCGUCUACGACAUGGACGUGCUCAAUGCCAUGUGGCCGGACGCGCGCGGCGUGCUCCCGAGCCACUACGUGGUGCUGAACGGCCACUUGAACUCGAACCUGACGCUGGACUUCGACUCGGUCGACGCGCGCAUCAACGCCACGUACGUGACGCACUUUUCGUCAUCGCCGGAUGGCAGCUAUGGCAAGCCGUGGAGGGUCGAGAAGAAGAAGAUGCGACGACAGCCCGAGUGGCACCCGCGCUUUUACGCGCUCUUUGAAGCGUACUGGCAAAGCCAAGAGCUCUACUGUCCGUGGCUGCACCUGUAGAUAGACACUAGAAUACACAAUAUAGAGAGCACUUGACAUCCAU